AUGGACUCCCCACAGUCUGUUGUUUCACCAUUCAAGAUUGGUGAGUCAGAGAAUGAGAACUCAAAUUCCGUGCAAAGCACUGGAAACCGAUCAAAUGGCAUCAAACCCAAUGGAAAAGAUUCAAACAAUUGUGGCCGCCAAGACCUUGUUGGUACUCUUGAUGUUUAUGUUCAUCAGGCAAGGGACAUCCACAACGUUUGUAUAUACCACAAGCAAGACGUUUAUGCCAAGCUUUGCCUUACAAGUGACCCUGAAAAGUCUGUCUCGACCAAGAUCAUCAACGGCGGAGGGAGGAAUCCGGUUUUCGAUGACAACGUUAAGCUUGAUGUCAGGGCUCUGGACUCUUCCCUCAAAUGUGAGCUUUACAUGAUGAGCAGGGUGAAGAACUAUCUUGAAGACCAGCUUCUUGGUUUUACUCUGGUUCCCAUGUCGGAACUCCUCUUCAAGAAUGGGAAUCUCGAGAAAGAGUUCUCUCUUUCUUCCACUGACCUGUACCAUUCUCCUGCUGGUUUUGUUCAGCUGUCUCUCUCCUACAAUGGAUCUUACCCUGAAGUGAUGGCUCUUCCCACUACUAUGACUUCAUCUGUUUCUGGUGAUGAAACUACCAAGAAUCAAGAAGGGUCUGAAUCAGUUCCUGAUGAGAUGGAUAAGAUAGAGUUUCCAGAUCCCAAUGUGGCCAAUGAAAAUGAGCAAAUGGUUUCCGAGUAUUAUGCGAUCUCCUGUUCCACUAUUGAGUCAGAAACUUCUGAGAGCUUGGUUACUUGUGACACUGAGAAUCAUGGAACCGACUCUGUCACUUCUAAAAUGAAGCAAGAAUCACCUGAGAGCAGCAAUGCAACAAAUGGAGCUGCUUCUCCUCACGCUUCAGCUCACUCUGGCACGGAGAAACCAAACCAUGAUGCAGAAACACCAAACCAUGAACAUCUCUCUGUCGUGAACUCGAAAGCGGCGAGUUCCCAGGAGUCAGAGAGUGAGGCUUCAGGUGAGACAUCCGAGGAGAAGAUUGUGAAACCCGUCCUCAAUGUUGUGAGGGUUGAGACAGAGUCAAAGGUGGUGCAGCAGGAUAUAGUUGACAUGUACAUGAAAAGCAUGCAGCAGUUUACUGAUUCACUUGCUAAGAUGAAGCUUCCUCUGGACAUUGAUAGCCCAACAAAGUCUGAGAAUUCAAGCUCUGAUUCUCAGAAGCUGCCAACACCAAAGAGCAAAAACGGCCGUGUGUUCUAUGGGAGCAGGGCUUUCUUCUGA